AUGGUCGGAGGUCGUCGGAGGACAUACCUUCACCUGCGUACACUUUUAUGUGCCGCUUGGGUCCUUGCCUUGCUCUUGGACGCGGACAACAGCUCGAGCACCUUUACAGUCACCACGGCCUUUCGUCCGCAUCUAAACCCGGAGCGGUCACAAGCACCGCCCUUCGCUGGCAGCACUGAAGCCUUCAAUGCCUACAAGGAGCGGGCACUGCCGCGUUGCGUCCUUCGAAGCCUGAUGCCGUACGUGGGCGCAGGGAUGGUUGCCGCGACCAUCCAGGCCACGCUGUCCGAAGUGGAGGUGUUCUUCAAGAACUCGCACGACAUUACUUUAAAAGUGGUGCUGUUGUCCUUCCGGGCAACGCUUAUAGCGAAUUUACUAAAGUUUCCGUUCUUCGAGGCAAUCUUCGCCGUGGCCACUACUCACGCAUCGCCAUUUGCUGGAGGCAUGCUUGCCGGUGGAAUUUUCGCCACAGUGACCCUCCCCAUCUCAAACUUCUUGUACCGGCGGUCAAUGAAGCUUCCGGUCCGGUGGAGCAAGCUGUACGAAGCCUACCUCCCCACGCUCCUUCGGGACAUGACCUACGGCAUCCUCCGAAGUUAUCUCAGUCCACCUUUAGCAGUGGACGUGAGGCCUUCGGUCCUCUUCGUGGUUGUCUUCUUGGCUUGCCUGGGUUCUUCGCCCUUCAACCAGUGGCGCAGUUUCCUCCUACAGCAUCACUCCGAGAAGCAGCCUUUGAGGGUCUACUUCAAGCCAAAGAACUACAUAGGUAUUUCCGUUUGGGCGGCAUUGCGGCAAGGCAUAUCCGUAGGCCUGGGCUAUGUCUUGGCACCAGCAUUGGUGAGGUGUCUAUUAUCUCGAGGGAGAUAG